UGUACGCGAAACAAAAUUUUCACAAAAAAGGCCUUGUUUUUAGCCUUUUCCCUUAAAUUAUUUAUAUUUUGAAAUCUAACAUACUGACAUAUAAUUCAAAAUAAUAUAUUCCAAGAAUGGCCGAUGAAGAGCAUGAAAUGACAUAUGAUGACCACGAAUUGAUAGAAGAGCUUGAACAAAACAUCAGUACAAACCCCAUAAGUAAUAACAGCGGAAACAACAGCGAUGAACCAAAACCAAAAAAAAGAGUACAUAAAACAUUGGGAGAAUUGCGCCAACCGAGGCAAAAGUUUUGUCCCCGAUGGCAACUUGAAUUUCCUUGGCUGAGACCAAAUCGUGCCGAUGAAUCAAUCGGAUAUUGUAGUAUUUGCCGAAGGGAGUUGGUGUGCAAAAAAAGUCAUUUAGAACGACACCAAAGAUCGUUUAAGCAUAUGCGUUUGCAAGGGUUUGAAAAUGUGUUUACGGUUAAUGAACCGGAAGCGGAUCUAAUUGAGGCUCACACAUCUGGAUAUUUGGACAAUGAUCCCAAUCAAGACUAUCAAGUUGAGGAAAUGCUGGAAGAAUUGGAUGAAGAAUAUACAACAAUCAAGGUGGAGCCAACGAGACCCUCGUCUGUAAUUAGUCCGGUUUUGGUAAAAACAAAGUAUAACACCAAAACUCCUCCAAAGAAACGUGCAACAGUAAAAAGUGAACCCAGACGAUCAUCUCCGUCACAACAAACAACAGUUGAAAGAUCUCCACAGAAUUCACACGCCCAUUUUAAAAGCAUGGAAUACGAUAGACGGGGAGACUAUUAUUAUUCAGCACCCUCCCCGCCCAAAAAGGACAGUUUCGAUCUUUUUUUCGAUUCAAUUAGUGCGACUGUUAAAAAUCUGCCACCGAAAUUAGCGGCAGAAGUUAAAAGUAAAGUCUCACAAGUUAUUGCCGAAUUUGAACUUCGAGCCAUAUGCGAACAAGAAGCCCAAGACAAAGCACAACAACAAACGAUUGUUACUAUACCCACUCAAGUGGCAAGUGUAGUCACCGUUGAUCCAUCUGUAAAUAGUGAUCACAAUGAACAGCAGACCGUUGAUGGCGUUACUCACUACGUUUAUGCAUAUCAACCAAAAAUACAAGAGUAGUUUUUCUUAGUUUUUAACUUUGUUACAAUCAGAUAUACAUUAUAACAUUGAAAUAAAGUGUGUAUGUAUGUACGUUAGACCGGCUCACUCUGUAUGGAAAGCAAAA